GGGGUGGCACUGGAUGAUCCUGGAGGGCUCUCCCAGCCUUGAUUCUGGGACCUUAAUUUAUGGCUUCAUGGGCCUGGGUGGGGUUUGUUGUUUCGUGCUGGACUUGGUACUUUGGUACUUUCAGCAUUAUGUUCUGCAUGGAAUGAAUGAAAACAGGGAGUUCAAUUCAUAGAAACAGAGAAUCCCAGGCUGGUUUGGGUUGGAAGGGACCUUAAAGCCCAUCCAGUGCCACCCCUGCCAUGGGCAGGGACACCUUCCACCAGCCCAGGUUACUCCAAGCCCCAUCCAACCUGGCCUUGGACACUUCCAGGGAUCCAGGGGCAGCCACAGCUUCUCUGGGCAACCUGGGCCAGGGCCUCCCCACUGAAUUGUAUCAGUGCCAGUGCAGCUGGAAACGAGAACCUUUUCCCCAUUUACCGGCUCCAGAGGAUGUGGAGAUUUAUUCCUACAACUUCCACAGUUUGCUGAGAUGGUCUCCUGUUCCCGUGGAGAGAGGCUUGGUGUUAUACACAGCCCACUAUAAAACAGGGGCCUUCCCCGUGUGGAAUGAGAUGAACUGUACCCGGAUCCCCCGGACCCAGUGUGGGUUCCCCCCGGAGAUCCAGAAGCGGCGCUGGACGAUCUUCCUGCGCGUGAGGGCCGAGCUGGGGCAGCUCCCCUCGGCCUGGGUGCAGGCAGGGCCCUUUGUGGCUGAGAGGGACACCACUCUGGGCCCCCCCAGGGUGAGCAGAGUGAGUGCCAGCUCUGACUCGCUGCUCCUCAGUGUCACCCCCCCUUUCACGCCUGAGCCCGGGGACAGUUUCCAGUAUCGUGUGUUCUACUGGGAGAACACAACAAGGACCACGAAAAAGGAACAAGAGACACACAAUACAGUAUUCCAAAUUGGAAAACUAAAGGAAUCAACACUUUAUUGCUUUAGCCUUCAGGUUGAAUUCGAGGGAGUCUAUGGUGAACUGAUAGGACAGCAAAGUGCCCCAGAGUGUCACAGAACUGCCAUCAGUGAGGCAACCAGGGCUGGAUUCAUCACCCUGCUGUGUCUCUCGGGGUUAGUCCUCAUAAAUCUGGCUACAGCUGGUUUGCUGCUCCUGUGGAAACACCACCAGAAAAUCAAACAGUCGUUUCAGCCACCUCUGAAAAUCCCCUCACACUUCGAAGAGUUCCUCAGGGACCCUGGCAUGCCUGGCUUGGAGGAGCUGGACAAUUCCCCGGAGGAUGAGCCCCAGGCUCUUGUGGCUGGAGAAGGAAUCCAAGCCUGGAGCAGCAGCCCAGGGUGACAGCUCUUCAUCCAACACCCCCAGGGACAGGGAAACCACAGAAGAGCCACCCACUGAGUGUCCCCUGGCCCAGGGUUUCCAGCAGCUGCUGGACAAUCCUGAGCAAAAUAUGGACCCUGGGAUGUGUCUCAGGGGCUUCUCCUGAGCUCCCCCAGCACCUCCCUCUGCCAAGGACACUGAAAAGGAGGAACACGGAAGGGAAACGAACACUAAACUCAGAAAAUGGUUAAAUUCCCACCCAGGUUGGAAUAAAGCUUUGAGGAAUUGCAGCACUUUACAGGAGGGUGUAGGAGAACAUGGGAUUUUUCAGGGAGUGAAUCACUGCAAUGUAAAUUCCUUUUAUAGCUGAUUUUCUUUUGUUGGCAAUAAUACUCUUGUUAUAUCCACCCCA